GGUGGUGGUGGUGGCAUUUGGUGGUGGCGGCAUCUACUUCUGUCCGUUGUUUUUAUAUGUAUAUACAUAGAUACAAAAAUAAUCAAAUUAAAUUGAAAAUAGCGUAACAAGCAUCUGGUCAACAUGCAAUUAAUGCAGACUAAUUGAAAUGGUUACAUGGUGCAAGCUGCCCCGCCCCCCGCCAUCCUCUGUCUCCGUCCAAAAGUGCAGAAGUAGCUAAAUGAAUGUCAAGUGCUACAAAUAGCACAGUAAAAGUAGCUGAACAGAUAAACUAAUAGUUAGUGAAAACAAAAAGAAAACAAGACACGAAAAUCAACCAACGGCAACGUCAAUUUCUUCUUGUCAAUCUCCAAAUAGAAGAAGAAUAACUACAACAACGACACGCUGUUUCGUUGCGCUAGCGGCGGCGGCAGCCAGCGAGGCGCUGGCAAAAAAUUGCGAUGCCUGGACUUGUGGUCUUCAGACGCCGCUGGUCUGUUGGCUCGGAUGAUCUGGUAGUACCGGGUGCAUUUCUCUUGGCGAUACACUUUAUAAGCUUUGUACUUGUGGCCGUCUCGUUAGUUUUAUUUGAAUAUAACACAAGUGUUUUAAGUGUUAAACUAUUGUUCUAUCAUCUAAUUAGCUACUUGUUAAUACUAUUUUUUUCAAUAUGCGUAGAAAUAGGCAUUUGUGUGAUCUCGAUGCGCGGCAGCAUUUUGGACUCCGAGGCGCGUACAUCGAUCAAUAUCUGGAUAUAUCUCAAGAGCUUGGUGAUAUUGUUUGAUAUUUCAUGGCUGAUAUUGGGCUCGAUUUGGCUGUCCAAUUACUACAUGGUGGCGCCCAUCGAUGACGCCAAAAAGGUCUUUAUUGCCAUCAUCAUAUGCAACUGGACGCUGGUGUUUAUCACGCUGAUAACCAUCUGGUGCACAUUCGAUGCCGCCGGUCGUUCCUGGGUCAAGAUGAAGAAGUACCAGCGCUCCAUGCGCGAGACUGAGUCGCGUUUCAACUACAAGCGCAGCAACAGCAUGAAUCGCAACUGGCGGCAACGCAAGGUGAUGCGCGCAUAUCAGGACAGCUGGGAUCAUCGUUGCCGUCUGCUGUUCUGCUGCAUGGGCUCGUCGGAACGGAAUCGCAAUUCGUUUACGGAUAUUGCGAGACUGUUGAGCGAUUUUUUUCGCGAACUAGAUGUGGUGCCAUCGGAUGUGGUCGCCGGUUUGGUCCUGUUGCGCAAAUUUCAGCGCCUCGAGCGUGAGGCAAUUGUCAGGCAGCGCAAAAAUGGGACAUACGAGUUCCUCAGCGGUGUGCCAAUCACGGAGCACACACAGUUCCUAGCACUCAACGAUGCCAAAAAUUAUGACUUCUUUCAGACCGUCAUACACUAUAUGUACUUUGCCCAGGGCGCCUACGGCUGGCCCAUGUACGUCAUCAUCAAUCGAAGCAAAAUGUGGCAUCUGGUGCCCGAGCUCAAGUGCUUUGGCUGCUGUUGCGGCAGCGGAGACGACGGCCAGGUGAUCCAGGACAAUUGCUGCUACUGCAAUUAUGCGGCUCUGAAGAAGACUUUGCAGCUGGGCGACAUCGAUAUUGUGUAUGCCACAUACCAUGUGGAUGUGGGCGAGACGCCAUUCUUUGUGGCCGUCGACUAUACGCAGAAGAAGAUCGUGAUCAGCAUACGCGGCACGCUGAGCAUGAAGGAUAUACUGACCGAUCUGAAUGCGGAGGGCGAGGUGCUGCCGCUGCAGCCGCCGCGCGACGAUUGGCUGGGCCACAAGGGCAUGGUCCAGGCGGCCAUUUACAUACGCAACAAGCUGCAGCAGGAGAAUCUCAUUGAGCGCGCCUUGCAGCGCAACGCGGAUCGCUUGACCCACACCUUCGACCUGGUGCUGGUGGGUCACUCCCUCGGCGCCGGCACCGCGGCCAUAUUGGCCAUACUGCUCAAGCCGGAGCAUCCGACGCUGCAGUGCUUCAGCUAUUCGCCGCCCGGCGGAUUGCUCAGCAUGCCCGCUGUCGAGUACUCCAAAUCGUUCAUUACGUCCGUGGUGCUUGGCAAGGAUGUGGUGCCGCGCAUCGGCCUCAAUCAAAUGGAGGCGCUGCGUGCGGAUCUCAUCAAUGCCAUACAGCGCAGCGUGGAUCCCAAGUGGAAGACCAUUUCAUGCUCGGUCAUCUGCUGUGGCUGCGGUCCCGAGCCGACCUCUGUGGUGAACAUGUCCGGCCAGGACACGCACAUCAAUCAGUACCAGGAGGAGCGCGGCACGGCACGCUCGACCAGCGCCCAUCCGACGGACAGCUCCAUAGCUUUAACACUGCACCAGCCCUUAUAUCCGCCCGGCCGCAUCAUACACAUUGUGCGGCAUCAUCCCAAGCCAGAUGAGCAAAAAUACGACAGUGGUUGGAGAAAUGUGCUUAAGAAUCGUGAGCCGGUCUAUCAGGCGAUAUGGGCCGAUUCAACCGAUUUCGAUGAGGUGCUCAUAUCACCUGUCAUGCUGCAGGAUCAUAUGCCCGACAAGGUUCUCGCCGCGCUCAAGAAGGUUGUAACGACGAGUGGGCCACGAAAGCCCCAGCGCCAGACCUCGAACGCAUUCUCCACCACAUCCUUGGAGCAGGAGCCGGAGCUGGAGCCGGCACUGGAGCUGGAACCGAAGGAGGAACGCAACCAGCUGGAGCUGGCGCCAACGAAUGCCGAACAGAUGCUGCAUUGCAAGCGUGCGGCGGACAGUUCCUAUACAAAUCUGAGCAACUGCAUCAUGCUCACGCCAACGGCACAGCAUAAGCUCUGCCUGGAGACGUCCUUCACCAAUCUGCAGCAUCAGCUGGAGCUGCGUGCCGCGGUGCAGCCAGGUGGCAGCAAGGCCUCAUCCAUAGCCGGCAGCAUCUUUGGCCGCAGCCAACUCAGCUCCACAACAACUCCGUACGACAUAUCAAGCGUCCUGGACGACAGCAUCACAACGGUGACCAUGCGCAAGAGCCCCUGCUCCAUGCUCAGCGAGACGACGACAAUCCUGAUGAAUGCCGAACCUGGCGAGGCGCCGCGCCUGCGUGCGGUCGCAUUCGACAUGGCAGCGAUGACGCCGCCGCCGUCGCCGCUGCCUCUGCCGCUGGCGCUGGCACGUCAGCAUUCGGAGAAGAAGCCGCGAUCGCUGCCAUUGACGCAAGCGUUGCGUCGCGCCUCGGUGGCGGGUCAGGGCGUGGACCUGCUGCACGACGACUGGUACGGGCUGGCGCCGCUGGCCAGCCCAGAGACGCUGUCCGAGAUCUCGAGCGUAUCGUCGCGCAGCAGCGUCCCCAUCAGCCUGGCCAACAGCAUUGAGCGGUAUCUGCAGCACAUAGGCGUCGGAGCGGGUGCGGGCGCGGGAGCGGGCGCGGUGCCCAAGGUGCCGCUGGAGGACAUAUUCGAGUCGCAGUUGCACACGCCGAAAGUGAUGCGACGUGCGCCCAAGUUCAGCGAAAACUUGUCUGGCUGCGCCGAGGACACCCGCAAUCUGGACCAGUACAAGCGUCUGGGUCGCGUGUUUAUCACAUUUCCGCGCAUCUUUCCCGAACCAGCAGGUGGCCACCAGCUGCAGUACAAGCACAGCCAGGGCCUGGACUCCAACUCGAGCGAUGACAGCUUCGAGUCGGCGCACAGCCUGCACCGACUGCAGCUGCCGGCGACUGUGGCGUGCGGUGCCAGCUCCAAGUCAGCCGAUCAACUGGAUGAGAACGCACACGAGACACGCUCGCCGCCAGCCAAGAAGCUGACGUUCAGCGACAGCAACAUCCUGGCCGAGGAGCACUGCCUGCGCCAGUGCCCACACUGUCCAUGCCGGCGCGAUGGACGGGAUUGCUGCACGCGCUCGGAGCACGAUCAUCAGCAGUGCGCCUCAGUGGAGGCGACGGCGACUGCCGCUGUCGGCUCGUCGGAUACCAACAGCAGCUUCUACAGCGCCAACUCGGAAUCAUCGCUGGAACACUUUGCGACACCGAAUCGACAGCUCCAGUUGAAGGUCAAUGGCGGGCAUGCCCACAAUGAGAUACUCAUACGUCCGGGUGUCCUUGAGUCACAUUUUCCCGUUUACGGCGGCGGCGGUGGCCAGCCGGAAACGCCGGCCAUUGUGGCGCCGGCAUCGCCCUCGCCCUCGCCCAUGAGCAACGGCGGCAGCAAGCGGCCAGAUGUGGUCGGUGGGCGUGUGCGCAAGCGCCUAUCCUCCGAGGAGUUCGUAUUCGCGCGCAGCGAGGAUCUUCCCAUUUUAGUACAAAUCGGUGAUAGGAGCGGCCACGAUAAAAGCUCGCCGUCGACCCGUAAACAGCGGCGGGGCUGCUGUGUGUAUCCCGUUGGCAAUAAUAUACGGAUUGCCGGUGCCGAUGUGGAUGCAGCUGCUGCGGCUGCGGCCGCGGCCGGCUCCCCCACGUCCAUUAGCAAAUAUUCCCGCACUCGCGUCGCUGCGGCAGCAAAGAAAGCUGCGCCGGCAGCAGCAGCUGCUGGUUUAAAUAACGAAAGUAAUGUUUAAUAAGUACAUAAAUAAGCGUAGUUGAAUGCAGUACCUAAGCAACCGCAACCGAACAUUUAUUCUAGAUUUUGCGUUAUGCACAAAAAAAUAAAAUUUAAAAACAAAUAAAUAAAAAUCGAACAGCAACAAAAGCUAAAAACAAUUAACGUUAACAAUACAAUACAUAUAGCGUGUAAACACACAGCGGUUAACAUUGAACAAAUGCGAAAUACAUAUAUUUUUUGUGCAGCUAGCUGACCAACUGAGUAGCAGCCCCAAUGCGAAAAAGUUUUAAUAAAAUGUUUUAAAUAAAAAACGUUACGAAAAUCCAACAAACAA